GCUGGGCUAGGAGAGAGGCUCCCAGUCACGCUGCAGCCUGCUGCCCCUCCCUGCAGAGGACGGGCACUGCCAUCUCCUUGCGUCUCCCUGGGGCUCAAGCCCAGGCUUGGAGCAGUGACCUAGACUGUCUUCCAAGGUGGCGUCCUGAAUUCGGCAACUGUUACUCUUCCCUGAUUAGACUGAUCUCACGGAGGACAGGGUGUCACGGUCAUCACUUGUAGAGACUGACCAGGACACUGAGGCCCAGAGCUUUCACGGCAUUUGUGAAGGUUGCACAGGCAGGGGCAGCCGGCGGGGAUUCGAGCCCAGAGCCCACCCCGACCUGGGCGUCUCAGCCAGGAGGCUGCGGGGGCCUUACCCUGGGGGCAGGUAGAGAAGGCCCCUGGGCUGCUCUGGGCGGCUCCUCCGCCCCUAAAAGCGUGUGGAACUGGGUGCUCCCCUCACCUACCCGCUGUGGCCAGUACAACUCGCUCUGCAGCCCCCUCAAGGCUCUGAGCCUCCCCAAAGGGGCAGGGGUGAAGCCCAGAGCAACAGACAGCCCCUCCCCGGCGCGCCCCCCAGCGGAGCCCCUCCCUAACCGCCCCCACCCUGAGCAGGCAGCCUUGCUCGCACAGCUGAGGGCCCGCAGGGUGGCUGCAGCCCUGGGAGGCAGCAGCAGCUGUAAGCAGGGGCGGGGGCGUGGAGGCGGGAGACAGGAGAGGCCCCUCCAUGCCCGAGGGAAACCCUGCUGGAUGCUGAGAGUCCAGGCUGAGCUCGGAGCCCCCAGCAGCUCCUCCCACCUCCUCAGCAUCCGCUCUGCUCUGCCAUUGGCUCCUGGGCUCCCAGAAUUAAACCGGCUGUGGGAGGGGGAGCGGGGAGGGGGCUGGCUGCAACCAGGAGAUGCCAGGGACCAAUGUGGCAGCUAAGGAAGGGAGGCUGCUGUGCCCUUAGAAGCAGGAGGGGCCACCAUGGCUGCCCCUCCAUCCCACUCUGUCCUUUCCCCACUGGGCCCUGGGCCAGUGGCAGGGCAGCCCGCGGUCCCCAUUCCCACCCCUGUGAUGGGGCCCUUGGCCAUCAGGGGAGGACUUGUGCCACUGGGCUGGGGGGCAGGUCACCUGAGAAGGGGGAGCUCCCCUGUCCCCGCAGGGAGAGGAACCGCCUUGUGCACCCCGACCUCCCCAGUCCUGCCCUGCGUCCUCAUGCUCUGCUCUGCCCCCCUCCCUCAUGCCAUGGGCAGACUCUGCAGGCUCCCCUGAGCUGAUGCGGUUCACAGAUCUGCAGGUGGAAGACGGAGCUCGACUGCUCACCUCCCAGGGAACCGUGGUGGGGACGCAGGGGGCCGCCCGGAGGCCAGAGCAGGACCUGGGCCUCACCUGCCCCCCGACGGCUGCCCCCAUGCACGGCCUGGUCUCUGACUCCUCCUCGGGGGCCAUGGACUGACCCAUCGGUCCGAGGGGCUCCUGUCCCCAGAGGUGCGGGGCCUGCGAGCCUGCGAGCCUGCAGCCACCAUGCUGGCCCCGGGCAGCGGCCCUGAGCGGAGGACCCGGCUCGCCCUGCAGUGGAGGCAGAUCUCCUGGCUCACCUGCUGGGCUGCCCUGUGCGCGGCGGAGGCCCUCCCCGCCUGCCCUUUCUCCUGCACCUGCGACGGCCGCAGCCUGGAGGUGGACUGCAGCGGCCUGGGCCUCACCACCGUGCCCCCAGACGUGCCCGCCGCCACCCGGACCCUCCUGCUCCUGAACAACAGGCUGAGCUCCCUGCCCAGCUGGGCCUUCGCCAACCUGUCCAGCCUGCAGCGGCUGGACCUAUCCAACAACUUCCUGGACCAGCUGCCGCGCUCGGUGUUCGGGGACCUGGCGAACCUGACGGAGUUGCAGCUGCGCAACAACAGCAUCCGGGCGCUGGACCGGGACCUGCUGCAGCACUCGCCGCGGCUGCGCCACCUCGACCUGUCCAUCAACGGCCUGGCCCAGCUGCCCCCCGGCCUCUUCGACGGGCUCCCGGCCCUGCGCUCCCUAUCGCUGCGCGCCAACCGCCUGCAGAGCCUGGACCGGCUGACCUUCGAGCCCCUGGCCAGCCUGCAGCUGCUGCAGGUGGGGGACAACCCCUGGGAGUGUGACUGCAACUUGAGGGACUUCAAGCACUGGCUGGAGUGGUUCUCCUACCGAGGGGGGCGCCUGGACCAGCUGGCCUGCACCCUGCCCAAGGAGCUGCGGGGGAGGGACAUGCGCGUGGUCCCCGUGGAGAUGUUCGACUACUGCUCCCAGCUGGAGGACCAGAGCAGCUCGGCCGGGCUGGACGUCCCGGGGCCGCCCUGCACCAAGGCCAGCCCAGAGCCUGCCAAGCCCAAGCCGGGCCCUGAGCCCGAGCCGGAGCCCAGCACCGCCUGCCCACAGAAGCAGAGGCCGCGGCCGGUGAGCGUGCGGCGGGCGGUUGGCACAGUGAUCAUUGCGGGGGUGGUCUGCGGCAUCGUCUGCAUCAUGAUGGUAGUGGCCGCCGCCUACGGCUGCAUCUAUGCCUCCCUCAUGGCCAAGUACCACCGGGAGCUCAAGAAGCGCCAGCCCCUGAUGGGCGACCCGGAGGGCGAGCACGAGGACCAGAAGCAGGUGUCCUCUGUGGCCUGAGCGCCCUGGCAGGAGGGGCAGGGGAGCAGGCCAGCCCUCCCUCCGCCUCCCUCCCUUUCCGCUUUCCUCCUAGCCUGCUGGCACACGGGCCACGCCUGUCUCCGUGACCUCCCGAGUCUUUGGGAGCCACCACUGGGCUCACACCCCUCUCGGGGCCACCGAAGCACUGGACCACAGGGCAGAAAGGAUGUGUGUGUGAGCAGAGGCUCCUGGACCCAGCGCCCCCAUGCCCCUCUGGCCCCGGGUGUGAUCACGCCUGGACGCUCUGACCUGUGGCCCUACCCACCCUGUCUGCAUUUAGGGGGUGGGGAUGGAGUGGCGUGGAGGUUGGGCCACUUCUGUAACUCUCUCCUAAGAAAGACGUUGGGUCCAGCCUCCAUCUGCUGGUACUCACGUGCAGUCAGACCAGCCCUGCCAUCUGGACCCAGCACUUGGAAACACUCCCUCGCCAAAGCCGUCUGUCCGGAUCCCCGACCACAUGGCUCCGGGACCACUGAUCACCCUCACACAAACUCAGCUCACCACACACACAACCACAAGGGGACAGAGGUCUGGGGCCUCAUGGAGCAGAGCCAGGCACCCCCUGGGUCUCUGUCCAGCCCUCAGACCACACAGCCUCCUGCUGGCUUGUGAAUCUUCUCCAGCCAACGGGGAGGAGCCCGAACCCACAGCACAAGAAUUCCUUUCAGAGCCUCUCAAGAGGCCCCGGGGUGCCGCUGGAGGAGGCUGCCGUCACCAUGGUAACCCGCUCACACGUCUCCUGCUUGGAUUUCCAGGGACACUGGCCCAGGGGCCUCGAGGCUGCAGUGUAUGUGGACAGCAGCCUCCCAAGGGCCCACCACAUACCACGCCUGUAGCCUGCAGCCCCAGAACCGCCCCCUACUCCAACCCCACAUCCCUGAGCCUGCGACCUCGUGCAGGGACUGGGUCGUGCUCUGUGACUGGUGGCACCCUAGCGGAAGGUCACUGCCUGCCGACCUGUCCCAAGCGGGCCCCGGGAGCAGGGGAAGGACCUCGACUUCUGCUCAGACGCAUCAGUAACUGGGUCCCUUUCUCAGCGCUUUGUCAGCUCAGCCUGGCUUCCCAGAAUCCUUCGUGACACCUGGACUGGAGCCCAAACCAGAGCAUAGGCCGGGGGCCCAUCUGCCCUUUACCUGCAACCCACACUAAAGGGGCAGAGAUACGUGCUUGCAGGGCUAGGGGGCGGGUGAGCUAUGCAGUGGGGGGCGGUCACUAGUGUCCUUUCCUAGCUCUGCCCCUUCUGGUGAGUGUGACCUCGAGUGAGCCCUGGGCUCCCUCUGCAGGGGACACCUGCCAGGGACACAGAUUUCCCCCUGGCUGACAGAGGGUCGGGGCAUCAAGCUGGUUUCUGGCUCUGGGACGGAGGUCUUGAGGUGGCGGCCAGGGGGAGGCCACCAGAACACGCGUCUGAGGCAGGACAGGGAGGGGGAGCUGGGCACAGGCUGCCCACCAGGCUGGCCCAUAGUCCCCCCUUCUCUUGGGGCACUGGCUGACACCAGAUCUGGGUAUUGUCUGAAGGGAGCUGGGGAAGGCUGGGCAUUGUCAACGGUGGUGUCUCCAGCCUGAGACAGAGAUUUUUAAAGGCAAAACUAUAUUUCUGGCUUGUUGUUUCAGAAGACCAAUAAAGACUGUAUUUUCC